GCUUGCUCUUGCCCUGCGAGUGCAAGCAAGUAGAGGAGUUUGAGCAAAGCUACCAGACCAACGGCACAGUAUAGGAAACAUGGCGGCUGGACCCGGAGCGGCCAGCAGUGGCCACAGUGGUGGCCGUGCCUCCGGUGGUUUUGAGGCUUCUCUAGACCGUCGCUUUCAAGGAGUUUCAAACACAAUGGAUUCAAUACAAGGAUUGUGCGGCUGGUGCAUCGAAAACAAGAAACACCACAGCCUUAUCGUGCGCUACUGGAUGAAGUGGCUCAAAAAAUCGGAUGCCAGCCACAGGCUGAACCUGUUCUACGUGGCCAAUGACGUCAUUCAGAACUGCAAGAGGAAGAACGCCAUCGUGUUCCGCACCAGCUUCGCCGACGUCCUCCCGGACGCUGCCCUGCUCGUCAGGGAUCCAAAAGUGCAUAAGUCUGUGGAGAGGAUCUUCACCAUCUGGCAGGAGCGUAAUGUUUACUCGGAGGAAUUUGUCACGGAGCUGAAAACCAACCUCGUCAAGAAGGAGCAGCCGCCACCUCCAGCACCACCAGUCAAUCCCAAAACUGCGCUCAAGUCAAAGGUGGUUGCAGAAUUUGCACCUCAGACGUUCAUUGAUCAGCUGGUCAGUCACCAGCGUACUCUGGAGGAGGCUGACCUCAGGCAGAAGCAGCUGGCUGCCCUCAGAGUGGAUGUCUGCAACCUCAACAGUGCAGAAGCCCUCAAGAGGCUCAAAGAUAAAGCCGGAGGGAAGAAGUUCUCCAGUGACUUUGAGGAGGGCAGCACCAAGCUGCAGGAGUUUGUGACCUUCCUGGAGGGACAGAUGCAGACAGCACCCCCCCUGCUGGAGGCUCUGAGUAAUGCAGACAUCUUCUAUGAGAUGCAGUACAAGGAGGUCAAGAUCGUCGCCAAUGCCUAUAAGACGUUUGCCAACCGCGUGUCCAAUCUGAAGCGGAAGCUGGACGCUCUGCGGAGCACGCUGCCAGAUCCGGAGGACUCGCCCAUCCCCUCCCCCUCAGAGGACGCCCCCUCACCCACGGGCUCCGAGUCUCCCUUCCACGGCCUGGGGGGCGCCAGGGGGGGCCACCACCACCAGCAGCUGGACGGCAGGGUCAAGGAGCUGCAGUCGGACAACAGAGACGUGGAGGACAUGGACCUGUCUGAGGAGGAGGAGCCACACAGCUCAGGCUUCAUAGUUGAGGACAUGAGGGAGAAAGCAUCCACCUCAGCAGUCUCCAAGGCGACCACAGCUGGUCCUCCAGCGAUGUCCAGACCCUCUGCAGCCACGGUAACCAAUCCCAUCAAGACACCCGUGGAGCGCUCGGCCAAUCAGACGCCUCCGUCGUCGUCCACCGCCGCCACGCCGACCACCCCCACGGCCGCGCCCGGCCCCUCCCCCGGCCCCUCCCCCCUGCAGAUGAACCUGGCCAACGUGGACCUGGGCAAGAUCAGCUCCAUCCUGAGUAGCCUCACCAGCGCCAUGAAGGGAUCAGGAGUGAGCCCAGCCACCCGCCCCUCUCCAACCACACCCACCACCCCCUCCAGCCAAUCAACGGCCUCCAAGACUCCAGUCCCCGCCCCCAGCACCCCUCCUGCAGCGAAUCCGCUGGCCAGCAUCCUGUCUCGCGUGGACAUCACCCCCGAGGGCAUACUGAGCGUGCUCAGUAAAACUCAGGCCCACGGCCCCGGCUUGCAGGGACUGUCUUCGCUGCUGCAUGGUGUAUCUGGCCCCUCGUCUGGGAGCACCAGCAGUGCCACCACCUCCACUCCCCAGCUCUCCUCCUCGUCCACCGUCACCUCGGCAACGGGCACCACGGCGACCGCCUCCAAGGCCAAGCCGGCGCCCAGCAACAGCACCAAGCGCGACCUGGAGAGAGAGCGCAUGCGCGAGUGGGAGAAGGUCAGGGAGAGGGAGCGAGAGAAAGAGAGGGAGAAGGAGAGGGAGGCAGAGAGGCAGAGGGAGAAGGAGAGAGAGAGGGAGAGAGAGAGGCAGAGGGAGAGGGAGAGAGAGAGAGCGGAGAAGGCCGCUGCUGCUGCUGCUGCUGCUGCUAGUGCCGCGGCGGCCGCUAUGCCCAGCCUGGACUCUAAGAUCCACACCUUCCUGCAGGGCAACCCGGCCUUCGGCGGCCUGGGGCUGGACGAUGGCGACGCCAGCAGCAGCCCCCUCCUGGUGGGCGACAACGCCGACGGCACGCCGGUACGAGACGAGGCGGCCGCCACGCCCACGCAGGACGAGAUGAUGGACUCGCCGGGGCCCGCCGAGAAGCCCCCGCCCCCUGUGACGUCAUCGCACCAAGGCCUCUCCCCCACCGCCUACCGCAGUGACCUGUGGGACGCCGUCAUCAGCCCCCGAGAGCUGCUGAGCGACGCGGCGCAAACGCGGCCCAAAGACGGAGACUACCGGCCCAGCGCCCUGCGCGCCCAACAGGCCUUGCCCCUCGCCAACGCCAACGCCAGCGCCAGCGCCAAGAAGAGCGCCAAGGCCUCGGGCCGCCACAAGGAGGACGAGGCGGCCGCCACGAUGACGAUGAUGAUGAUGAAGAGGAAGGCUCCGGCGGCGGAGCAGAAGGCCAAGCUGAGCCGCAAGGCCAGCGGCAGCUCGGAGGAGGGCCGGGGGGGGGAGGAGGAGGAGAAGGGCAAGAGGGGGGGCAAGGACUCCGGGCUGGCGCCCUCUAGUGGUGGCGGAGGAGGAGGAGGAGGAGGAGGCGGCAAGGGCAAAGGGCCGCAGUACCACCGCAUCGAGACCGUGGUGUCGUCCAGCUGUGGCGAGGGCGCGCCCAUCCAGGCCCUGGACGGCGGGUUCCGGCGCAUCCAGACGGUGGAGAGCAUCCGCGUGAUCGGGCGCGGCGUGCGCAGAGGGGGCGGCGGCGGUGGCAGCGGCGGGCGCGGAGCCGAGAGCUGGUACGAGGAGCAGGCCUUCAUGGAGGAGGAGGCGGGCGAGCAGCGUGAGCGUGGCGCUGCCAACAGCAGCGGUGCCCCCUCAGGGCUGCACAUGCCCCCGCCACCCCCCCCGCCGCACGGCCACAUGCCCCCGGGGCCAUACCAGCCGCCCUACGGCCGCCCCCCUCCCCCCAUCCCGCAGCUGCCCCCGCCCCCGAGGGACUUCCUGGGCACCACGUCGGCCGUGAUGGUUGGCGGCGUGCUGGUGCCCAUCGACCGGGUCCUGCCCAACCCCCCCUCCAACCCCACGCGCUCGGAAGACCCCCCCGCCCUCCCCCGUCCCGGCACGGUCAAAGAGCACUUCGCCCCGCGCCACACCCCCCCCCUGCACCGCCCCGGCACCCCCGGUGUCCCCCCCCCUCUGCUGGGCCACAGCCCCCGCACCCCCACCAGCCCGGCCCCCCAGCCACGCAACAACCAGCGCCGCCCCACCUCCCCCGCCUCCCUGCUGCGCCUCCCCUCCCUGGCGCUCCCCCUGCGGCCCCCCCUCCCCACGCCCCCCCAGAGACCCGGUCUCCGAGGCCAGGCCCCCUUCCUGCUCCGCACCCCUCCCUUCGACAGGAAGCCCCUGUUCACGGGGGGCAAGCGCCCCGCCUUCGCCGGCAACCAGGGAGCCGCGUUCCCCCCCAAACGACCCUUCAUGCCCCCGCGCUACUGA